GAUUCCAGCAGCAGUGGGAGCCUGGGCCUUGCGACUGUCCCCUGACAUCUGUGCAGUCGUAAGAGGCUGUGCAGCUGGUGCUGGACUUAUCAGCUGGUAAUUAAGACCAAGUGGGUGAGUUCCUGAGGGUCUGGGGCUGAUCUGUGUUGCAUCUUGCUGAGGACAAGCCCCUAAAAAAUGUCCAUUGGUGAGGACUGAUUUGCUCAUUCAACAGGUGAGUCCCACCUGGAGCAAGUUCAACUAUUUCAAUGCCAUCCGAUGAUAAUGUGAAAGCUCAGGGCCGUGGAAGCCCUGAGAUGAGGCCCUAAGCCAUCUGGGGCUGCACAAUCAGGGAAAGCUUCUUGGAAGAGUAGGCCAGGCAAGGAGAAAGGUGAGGGAAAGGCAUCCAGGUGGGGGCUAUAAAUAGGCAAAAGCAUGUGGGCUGGAGACAGAAUUUGGGACUCAGUUCCACAGGUCACUGAAGCCGUGAGAACAAAAGGCCCUGAGGAGUAACUGGAGAGGGAGGAGAGUCUGGAGCAGCCCACAGAGUUCCAGGAAGAAUCAGAAGGAAUUUCUGGAGAGGACAGGCCUUGGCUCCUCCCACACAAGGCCAGGGAUAGGAAGACAAGCCGGGGGUCAGAGUGGACCUGUGGUUGUCCCCAAGAGGAUGCCAGGAUUUUUAGGCUCAGCGCCCUGAAAGGAGGGCAACCAUAAGUCUCCUGGGCCUCAGGAGAGGCAGUCCUGGGAGGCUGGGGCCCAGCCAAUGGCAGUUCCCGGCCCAGCUGCUCCUCCUCCUGGCCCGCGGCACACCCAGGCUGCCUGCCGAAAUCUGCGGGCUCUGUCCUAGGUUUUCCCAAACAGCCUCCCUGGUUCUGACAUGAGUGCCGGCUGCCCGCCGAGUUGGAGUGCUGGCGGCCAGGACUCGGUGCCCAGAGAGCCCUGAGGAGUAGCUGCUCAGCUGCGAACACCAGGGGUCACCAUGAACUGGGGGAUCUUCGAGGGGCUCCUGAGCGGGGCCAACAAGUACUCCACGGCCUUCGGGCGUAUCUGGCUGUCCCUGGUCUUCAUCUUCCGUGUGCUGGUGUACCUGGUGACAGCCGAGCGAGUGUGGAGCGACGACCACAAGGACUUCGACUGCGACACUCGCCAGCCGGGCUGCUCCAACGUGUGCUUCGACGAGUUCUUCCCUGUGUCCCACGUGCGCCUCUGGGCCCUGCAGCUCAUCCUGGUCACGUGCCCCUCACUGCUCGUGGUCAUGCACGUGGCCUACCGCCAGGCCCGGGAGAAGAAGCACCAAGAGGCCAUUGGGAAGGACGGAGGGCGCCUCUACCUGGACCCCGGCAAGAAGCGGGGAGGGCUCUGGUGGACAUACGUCUGCAGCCUGGUGUUCAAGGCCGGCGUGGAUGCCACCUUCCUCUAUGUGUUCCACUCCAUCUACCCCAGAUACACCCUCCCCCGUGUGGUCAAGUGCCACGCGGCCCCGUGUCCCAACGUGGUGGACUGCUUCAUCUCCAAGCCCGAGGAAAAGAACAUCUUCACUCUCUUCAUGGUGAUCACGGCCCUCAUCUGCAUCAUCCUCAAUCUGGUGGAGCUGGCCUACCUGGUGAGCAAGAGAUGCCGGGAGUGCCUGGCAGCCAGGAAAGCCCGGUCUGAGAACAUGGACCACCGCCUGGACUGGGUCACCUCUUCUUCCAAACAGGGCGAUCUCCUCUCAGGCGACCUCAUCUUUCUGGGCUCAGAUGUUCCCCCUCCACUCUUACCAGACCACCCUCAAGACCACGUGAAGAAAACCAUGCUGUGAGGGGCUGCCUGAUCAGGCCUGGGUUGGAAGGAACCGGAAGCCAAGGUGCAGCCUUGGGGAUGGGGGUGCUGAGCUGAGAGUAGGGGCAGACAAGAGGGAGAGUCAGGUAGCCUGGGUUCAAAUCCUUUCUCCCCAGGUUCCUGCCACCUGCACCAGCUGUGUGACCUUACGCAAGUUACC